UACACCUUUUGUUCCGCCGAUCGAAUUUUCGCUCAAAUCGCUCAAAUAAUCCCAACCCUUCAAUCGUCUUCUCCACCAUCGUCGUCCGGUCACGGAGAGAGAGAGAGAGAGAGAGAGAGAGAGAGAGAGAGAGAGAAGCUGCGAGUAGCGACUUGUUCGAGUGGAGACGAGGAAGAUCGGACGUUCUUCGAGCAGACCCAAUCCCUCCCUAUCGCAGCCUUAAAUCGAUCGUCAUCACACCAGCGGCCCUUCGCCGUCUCGUUCAUCGUCAAAGCUUCAGCCGGCGACUUCGUCCAGCGAGCAACGGGGACCUUUCCGAUGAGUUCAUCGUCAAGCAGCCGGAGUCCUUCACCCCCUGUUCAUCGAAAAGCUCAAGGUCGGGCCCGUUCACGUCGGCAGCCCGUACCUCCACUAAAGAGGAGAAGUAGCAGUAGAAACACGUUGGCCCUUUUCACCUCGCCAGAGGUCUUGUCAGCCCCCGUCGGCCUUCGUUUAGCGGCCCGAAUAGCCGACGACUCACAAGCAGCAACAAGUAGUCGUGGU